AAAAUACCACAGCGUUGAAUAAGCUCGUUUCAUCAGCAUUUCUGUGCUCCCCAACCAACCUACUAUCCGGAGGAGUCAUCUACUUUACAACUGGCUAUCCAAACGGAAUCUUUUUUUCUAGAUAAAAUUGAGUUUUAUAUAAUUAUCCACAACAACAGCAGAAAUUACAAGCAGAAGAAAGUCAGCUUGUCAGACCCUGUCGGCCUUUUUACUUUCGUCACUUCCUACUUUUGAAAAUCGCGGCUGGAGAGAUGGAGUUGCAAGGAGGUACUGAACCGAUGACUUUAGGCUCUCCUACCUCUCCUAAGCCAACGUCUGGAGCUCAGUUUUUACCUGGUUUUCUCAUGGGUGACCUGCCAGCUCCUGCCAGCCCGCAGCCCCGCCCCUUCAGCCUGACCACACCCAUCACAGAGAACACAAGUGCAAGUCGAGGUGGAGGGGGUUCGGCCCUGCAGCCCAUUGUUCCCACUCCAAAAGACAAAAGUGGAGCUCCUCCUGUUCGCAGCAUCUAUGAUGACCUGGUCACGGUGGGGACACCCCUCAGUGCUCACAGACAGUCCUUUCCAGUCAUGCAGACUCCUCUUUCUGCACGUCAGGCUUCAACUCCAGGAACAGGUGUACAGCAGGUGUGUCUAUCUCCAGCUCAGAUGGAUCCUUUCUACAGUCAGGGAGAGGCCCUGUCAUCUGACGACCAACUGGAUCAGACCUGGGUCACUGUGUUUGGUUUUCCUCCAGCCUCGGCUUCCUACAUACUGCUACAGUUUGCUCAGUAUGGAAACAUCCUUAAACACACGAUGGCGUCUCCUGGUAACUGGAUGCACCUUCAGUACCAGUCCAAACUGCAGGCCAGGAAAGCCCUGUCCAAAGAUGGCAAAGUGUUUGGUGACUCCAUUAUGGUGGGGGUCAAACCCUGCAUAGACAAGAGCGUGAUGGGCAGUUGUGAGGCCAUGUCUCCUCCUCCUCUGUCCUCCUCCUCUGUCCUCCCCUCCACCCCUCGCUCUGCCAUCAGGCCGCUCAGCGCCUCCACCUACAAGAGUUCCGGUAGUGAAUACGAGGUGGUGGCCGACAGACAGACGCCCAGAAAGGACGACAGUUUUGUUUCCAAGGCCAUGGAGUACAUGUUUGGUUGGUGAACCAGAUGAUCUGCAGCAACAUGAAAGGAUUCACUACAAAGUGUGAGCGUGAGUGUGAGCGUGAGUGUGAGCGUGAGCGUGAGUGUGAGU